AUGCUGACGGCAUAGACUAUUUUUGAAGACGAAGAAACACCUCAGAAAAGUUUCGAAAUACAUUUCUCGCAUUGUCCAUCUUCAAACUCGCUUAACUAUGGCUCAACCACCGCCUUACAAUCAGCCUGGCUAUCCUCCACAAGCAGCGAAUCCCCCAGCUUAUCCAGGUGAUCCUAAUAAGGGAUACCCACCCCAAGGUGCCUAUCCACCUCAGGGAGGACCCCCACCUCAACCUGGUUAUCCAGCCCAACCAGGGUACCCAGCACAACCUAUGCCAGUUCAACAACAGCAUCAUCACACAACUACAGUGAUCACACAGCCUGGUCCUGUAGUUGUGACUGGUGUUGCGUUUGGUGAGAUUCCGGUUAGCAUGACCUGCCCUCGCUGCCAAGCCCAGAUUGUUACAUCAACAAUCUAUCAAGAUGGCUCAUUUGCUUGGCUCAUGGCUGCUAUUCUCUGUUUCAUUGGUUGCUGGCCCUGCUGUUUGAUCCCAUUUUGCAUGGAUGGUUGCAAGGAUGUGACCCAUCAUUGCCCAAACUGCAGAAGUCAUCUUGGUACUUACCGCCGAAUGUAACAACCACGCUAUACCAUCACAUAUAAACUGUCCACUAGCAAUGUUUUCUCUUAUGUAUUUCCUGAUUAUUGCUGAAAAAUAUUUCACCGUAGAAAUGUAUAAUCAAUAUGUAACUAUGUAGUAUAGAGGUAAAUGCAAACUCGAAACAUACCUAUACCAUACUAAUGAAUGUUGGAUAGAGGCAUUCAUUCCAUACUCUCCUCAAAACAAAUAAUGCCCUGGUUUUGUUGUUCAUUUGGAAAAGCAAAAUUAGGGAAAGUCAAAAAAGUCAGUAAAUGGUACAUAAACUGAAACGUUCAUUGUCCAAUGUAGCUGAAAACAUAUGCUCUAAACCUGUAUGCCAAUUGCUUCCA